AUGCGCGGCGGCCUGGAGGCGCCGGCUCUGCAGCGCAGAUCCGGCAUUCCCCUCGCGGAUCUGUUCGCCGCGCAGGCGUCCAACAACCAUCCCCUACCUUGCAGCAGCAGCUCGCGCGACGACAGGCCGCGGUCGCGCCCCUCGCCGACCCCGACGGCGCCCGCCGAGUUGCAGCGGCCCAUUGGAGGCGAAUUUGGGCGGUGGAUUUCGAGGAUUCUGACGCUGAGCUUCGGUGAGCGCGCGGGCUGGGUUCCCGCGCAGUGCUCGGAGGAGCGCCGAAGCGAAGUUAAGCUCGCUACGGCGUUGAACGCAGCGACGCUUGAGUCGCGGGUGCAAGAGCAGGGCCUCGGUGACCUAGUCGCUACCGGGGGGCCGCGCAAGAGUUCGCGGGCCCCGCGGCAGGCGCAGCCGGGCGCGCCAAUUUUGCUUGGGGAGCAAGCCCCGAGAUUCAUGAUUGAAGCCAUCUGGGCUUCGAUUCCCACAUGCGCCAGCGGAAUCAGGUGCUGGGCUGCCUUCUGCCACGCGGCAGACAGCGCAGUGCACUUCCCGGCGACAGAGGAGUCAGCGCUGCAAUUCGCGACCAUGUUCGCUAGUCCUGACAUUUUGUACGCGUGCUUCAAGCAACUGCGGCGCUGCCGCUGCGGGGGCGGGGUCGCCAUUCCGAGGUUCGGUGUUCUGACGGCCCCCUCGAUGCUGGCCGCGGUGCCGCAGCUCUGCCUCGACGCCCUGGACGACGCGGCCUGGGCCGCCAGGUCCCAGCCGCCUUCCCCGCUGUCUCCCGCGUCCACGCUGGGGCUGCCGGCCUCCUUCGGGCGGACGUACCUGGCGGCCCGCGCGUUCGACCCGCCGCGCGGCGGGCGGCGCGUGGCGCGCGAGGGCUCGUGGUGGCAGGUGCAGGAGGUCGAGAGUGGCGGAUCGGUCCGCAUAUUCCAGACUGGCGCGCAGGGCACGGAGUUCUGCCUGAUGGCCCAUCCAUCUGGAGUCGUUGUCGUGUCCGAGGCGGACGCGGACGUCGGCCGCAGCUCGCUCUGGAAGGCGGAGCAGGUGGAGGGCCGCGCGGGGGCGCUCCGCCUGCAGUGCAGCAGCGGCGCGCAGGGCGCGGGCGCGGGCGGCGAGGACCUCGCCCUGCCUGGCGAGGGCGCGUACCUGGUGGCCAGCACGUCGCGGCGGUUGACCGUGGCCCGCCUCCCGCCCGGCUCCUGGCCGGCGAGCUCGGAGUGGCAGUUGGAGGCUGC